ACAGUAAUGUACAUUUCAUUUUCAUUAUUUUUGAUAGUUGUGUAAUCAUUGUUGUUAUCUUGGGAGCACCAUCAUCACUCCACUCUUUCUGGCUUGGCUGGGGACAUUUUAUUUCCAGUCUUCGUUGGGGAAGCUCUAGUUUCAAACUUUGUUGGAGAAACUCUAUCUUCGAGCUUGACUGGAGACACUCUAUUCCCAAACUUCACUAGAGAGACUCUAGUUCUGAACUUCGCCAGAGAAGCUCUAUUUGCAAACUUCGCUGAAGAAGCACUCUGUUCCCAAACUUCUCCAAAAAGACUCUACUUCAAAACUUCACUAGAGAAACUCUAUUUCCGGUCUUUGUUGGAGAAACUCUAUUUCUGGUCUUUGUUGGAGAAGCUCUAUUUUCGGACUUCACCGGGGAAACUUGCACCUUCAGGCUUCGUUGGAGAAUUUAUUGCCAACCAACAUCGCUAGACAUCUUGGAACUCUAUCGUCGCUGCCAGCUCUCCCUCUCAGCUUGGUUAGAAAACUUACACCUUUAGACUUUGUUGGGGAAUUUAUUGCUGAUCAACAUCGUUGGGCAAAAUGAGACAGCCAGUGGCACAUUGUCUCUUGCACGUGAAAUGGGUGCCGCCAAAAGAACCCUCCUCAUCAUUCGUGGGUGGCAUCUUAAUCAAAGAAGUUAAUAUCGUUUCGUACCAGCCGGUAUGGCCGGUAUGUACCGGAUUUUUCAUUGCACCGAAACGGUAUGAAGCUUAAUUUCGUUUCGAUCAAAUUUCGCUCAUUUCGGUCAAAUCUCGGUAUUCCGCCCAGUAUUCAAGUGUACCGGUAGUGUUAACAACCACUUCAAGUGACAACCACUUCAGAUUUUUUUGAAGAAGAGAGAUCCUCCCUUUUUGGUGGCUGCCGAACCCCUCUCCUUACCGGUGAUGAAGGUGGAGGCAAUGGUGAUGAAGGUGGAGGCAAUGAUGAUGAUGAGACGCAAGAAGAUGUCAAGGUCAGAGUCCCAAGGGGCUUUCGGCUAGAUCUAGAUCGUCUUCUUGGUGAUUGGUGAGAUGAGCGUGACGAUUAGCUAGCAAGAGGAUGGUGAAGGUCGGAGGUGAAGGAACAAGGGUGAUGGUGGCCGUUGCAGAUCUGCAGAAGGGAGAAGGGAGAUGGUGAAGAUCGGAGGUGAAGGAACAGGGGUGAUGGUGGCCGUUGCAGAUCUGCAGAAGGGAAAAGGGAGAUGGUGAAGGUCAGAGGUGAAGGAACAAGGGUGAUGGUGGCCAUCGCAGAUCUGCAAAAGGGAGAAGGGAGAAAAAUCGAGAGGUUUUCUGUGUUUUUUUUUUGGUCUGCUGUUUCUUUCACACUUUAAAAGAGGGGAAACUAGGGUUUCUUUUAUUGUUAAAUUUGGGUUUUGAUGGGCUGGGCUAUGAAAAUUGUUGAUGGGCUCAAUAUUGGGGUGGAUUUGUGGAUUUGUUUUGGUAGAUUUCAUCCUCAACUUUUUAAUUUUUUCGAUUGAGUCCUUUUCUUGUUAUUUUUCUUGAAUUUCUUCACAAAAAUUUUAUAUACCGAUAAAUCCAAAACGGUACA